UACUAAAAAUGAACAUUAAAGAAAAAAUAAUAAUAAAUCAGAAACACAGUGCGUGGAUAUGGUAAGUGCGUGUCUGUUCCUGAUUUGAGGUUUGUUGUGCAGCACAGAUAUCAUCGGAAAGGAAAACCGCGCUGUUUGAUUCCACUCGACAACGAUCAGCUGAAUUCACACAUUCCACAUACAUGAUAUUCUCUGCAAACAAAACACCAUGCCCCUGAUUGCCAUUCACACGCAGAAUCAUCUCUCCUUUGCCAGCAUCAAACUACUACUAGACCCAUGUUUACAUGGGGAAUCUAGGACUAGAAUUUCCCAUGUACCUUUCAGCUUGGUUCAUAAUAGGCACAGUCAUGGAAAACUAUGUCUUGGGGGGAUAAACAUUGAACCUUCGAUCAAAAUCAGGGGGAUAAGAUCAGUUGCAGGAGAAUAUCAACAAGAUGAAGAUGAAGAUGAAGAUGAGGAUGUGUGUCCUGUUGAAUGUGUAAGAGAAUUCAAGACUGACGAAGAGUUCUGCAAAAUUCUGGAUAAGGCUAAACGAGCUGGGUCUCUGGUGGUGGUUGAUUUCUUUCGCACCUCUUGUGGAAGCUGCAAGUACAUAGAGCAGGGUUUUGCUAAAUUGUGCAGGAAAUCUGGUAACCAUGAUGCUCCAGUUAUCUUUCUAAAGCAUAAUGUUAUUGAUGAGUAUGAUGAGGAAUCCGAGGUUGCUGAGCGACUUAGAAUCAGGGCUGUGCCUCUUUUCCAUUUCUACAAAGAUGGGAUCCUGUUGGAAGCAUUUCCAACCAGGGACAAAGCUAGGAUUGUUGAAGCCAUUCUCAAGUAUUCAUCUCUUGAAGCAGAAGAUAUUUUGAUUUAACUUCAAGGCUGGUCUUUCUUUGUACCAGACACAAUUCAUUAAACAACAUUCUGUAUACUCAAUAAAAUAGUAUAUUCGCUUUGUUAGCCGAAUUCACUUUGUUGGGAAGUAUCCAGUGGUGAGUUUGGAGCAUGCCUCAGUGAUUUGGCUCAGUGGUUUGGCUUCCAUUUGGUGCUGGUAGGGUCUAAUAUCAACAAUAAUAAAUAUUUAAUGAAAUUUUCUUUAUGUUCA